UCCAUCUCUACAAUAACCCUCUGUUUCUCACCGCCUCACUCCUCUUCUAAAAGCCCCUCUCUCUCUUCACUUUCUCUCUCUAUACAUACAUACAAACACCCUAUCUCUCUCUAAGGAAGAAGGAAAAAAAAAAAAACUAAGCACUAUCACUCUGAUUGUUCAAACUGGCGAUCGACAAUCAAGAAACCGCUGUCCGUGAAAUCAAGCCUAAGAACAGGCGAAUCAUGGGAGCUGGAGGUCCUGACGAAGAAGAGAGCCGGUGGCCGCCGUGGUUGAAGCCUCUGCUGCGAGAGAGCUUCUUCAUUCAAUGCAAAUCACACGCCGAUUCACACAAGAGCGAGUGCAAUAUGUAUUGCUUGGAUUGUAUGAAUGGUGCUCUCUGUUCUCUCUGUCUCACCUACCACAAGGACCACCGUGUCAUACAGAUAAGGAGGUCAUCAUACCAUGAUGUGAUCAGGGUUUCUGAGAUUCAGAAGUAUUUGGACAUCACAUCAGUACAGACCUACAUUAUCAACAGUGCAAAGGUCGUGUUUCUGAAUGAACGGCCUCAGCCUAGGCCUGGCAAAGGAGUCACCAACACCUGCGAAGUCUGCGAGCGCAGCCUCCUGGAUUCCUUCCGUUUCUGCUCUCUCGGUUGCAAGAUUGUUGGCACAUCGAAGAAUUUCGAGAGGAAAAGGAAGUACUCGCCGGAGAAGAAGCUCCGGGCGGCGGCGUCGGACUCGGAGAAUUCAUACAGCAACAGCAGCAGCAGCCGUGGACCGCCGCAGAAGAGCAGCAGCAACCACCACCACCACCACCACAGCUUCACUCCGUCAACGCCGCCACCAACUGUGGUUAAUUACAGAACUGCCAAGCGAAGAAAGGGUAUUCCCCAUAGAGCCCCUAUGGGAGGACUCAUCAUAGAAUACUAAAAGGCCCCCCACAACUUCCCCUUAAUUACUCUCAAACCCCACCUUUACAAACUAGUAAUCAUAAUGAACACUAGUGCUUUUUUACCGAAAAGGCCAGUGUUUGGGGAAACCUUAGCACUACUACUACCCAACUCCUCUAAUGUAUUGUGUUGUAUAUAUAGAAGCAAGCUGAUAGAAAUAUGAUGGGAAUAGAAGGGCUAGAGUGAGAAUAAGACAAUGGGAAUGACUAAAUGGGUGAAGAUGAAAAAGGUUGGAAGUUUUUAGCUGAAAAAUAUAUGUAGGGUGCUUGGUUAGAGUGGUUUUUUAAUGUUACACAAGUUUUUCUUUAUUUUAUUUUUUUAUUUUGACUUUGUUAUGGUCUGAUAAAAUUGUAAAUACUGUUUUCUGGUAAGGGUUAGAGGGAAAUGACAAUGUAACUCCUUGGAAAUAAAGGAGGGUGUCUAUAUGUGGAAUUUCAAAUAAUGGGAAGUACUACUAUUUGGCUA